UUGCCUUCCUCCAGUUCAGACUGUUCUAUCGGUGUUCUGUAUUGCGGAUCUUCACACGGAAUAAGAAUCUGCACUGUUAUAGAGACCUAGAAUGACGGGAGAGAAUACUGAGAGCGAUGGGGACUGGCAGCCCCUGGAGGAGAGCUCGCCUCUCAGGGGUAAGUCCAGCUGGAUCCCCCGGUGUCUAAGCCGGAUGCUGCCUCCUGGCUUUCUGGAUGAAGUGAAGGAGCAGUGUGCGCUGGCGGGUCCUGCGUUUCUAUCUCAGAUAAUGGUGUUCCUGGUGAAUAUAGUGAGCUCUAUUUUCUGUGGACAUUUAGGCAAAAUAGAGCUUGAUUCUGUACUACUUGCUAUUGCUGUUAUAAACGUUAGUGGAAUUUCUGUUGGAGUAGGCUUGGCCUCUGCAUGUGAUACUCUCAUAUCACAGACGUACGGAGGUAAAAAUCUGAAACGCGUUGGGACAAUCUUACAGAGAGGGAUUCUGAUCCUGUUACUGUUCUGUUUUCCUUGUUGGGCCAUCUUCAUUAAUACUGAACACAUCCUGCUGCUCUUCAGACAGAAUCCAGAUGUUGCCAGGUUAACACAUACAUAUCUGAUGAUUUUUAUUCCAGCUCUUCCUGCGGCGUUUAUUUACCAGCUACAAGCACGGUAUUUGCAAAAUCAGGGUAUAAUAUGGCCUCAGGUGUUUACUGGUAUUGCUGUAAACAUUAUUAAUGCUGGAGCCAAUGCCAUCCUCCUGAUCGUCCUAGAACUGGGAGUUGCAGGAUCUGCAGCUGCAAAUACAAUUUCUCAAUAUGCAAUGUGCAUUCUACUUUUUACCUAUAUAUGGGUGAAAAAGCUACAUGUGGAAACAUGGGGAGGUUGGUCCACAGAUUGUCUCCAAGAAUGGGGUCAGUUCAUUCAACUUGCAAUUCCUAGCAUGCUAAUGAUGUGUAUAGAAUGGUGGAGCUUUGAAAUUGGAGGAUUCUUAGCAGGUCUUAUCAGUGUAGUGGAACUUGGAGCUCAAGCCGUCAUGCUGGAAUUAGUAACUGCGCUUUUUACAAUACCAUUUGGUUUUUCAGUGGCUGCCUCUAUGAGAAUAGGAAAUGCUUUAGGAGCUGGGAACAUUGAACAAGCGAAGCUUUCUACUAAAGUUUCUUUUAUAUGCACAUUGGUUUUUGCUGUGCCUGCUGGAGUUGUUGUUGCUGCUUUGAAAGAUUAUAUUUCUUACAUUUUUACACCAGACAGAGAAAUUGGUCUUCUGGUUUCAAAGCUCUUGCUGAUUUUUGCUCCUUUCCAUAUAUUUGAUGCUCUUUCUAUCACCAGUGGCGGAGUGAUACGGGGAGCAGGAAAACAAAUGAUUGGUGCUGUUGUGAACAUACUUGGGUUUUACCUCAUUGGUUUACCAAUUGGAAUAUCCUUGAUGUUUGCUGUGAAACUUGGUGUAAUCGGGCUGUGGUGUGGACUUAUUAUCUGUGUCUUUCUUCAAGGAUCCCUUUGUAUUAUUUAUAUCACAUGCUUCAGUUGGGACAAAGCAUGUGAAGAGGCUCAGCAUCGGGCAGGAGCGAAACUAGAGCAAAAGGACCAAUAUCCUGACAUUUCAUUGACUGAGACUGCGACUGAAAAUGAAACCAUUCAAUCUAUCCAUCCUGAGCAUGAUGACCUCGAUCAAGCAUUUUCAUAUGAAAAUAGCAGUUUACCAUAUAUCAGUAGUGAUGAAAAAAUUCCACAUCCCAUCAAUGAAACUACAAAUGUUGUAGGAGAAGUCCUCUCUAUGAAGCAGAUUAUUGUUCGUCGUGGCCUGGCUGUGGUUUCAGCCGUUACUACACUGAUUAUUGGAAUAUUGGUGAAAUAUCUGGUGAACAGUAGAUAAAACAAAAAUGACCUUAAUUUCAUAUUGAGAUUAUUGUGGUAAUAUAUUGCACAAUUUUAAUCAAGAUGGUUUCUGAUGUAAUUUG